AAUUUCAAUUUCAAUUUCGAGACGUUACUCUCUUCCACUCUCUAAAGUUCACACUUUCUCUGCCCCUCUACAAUCUCUCUAUAUCUCUCCUCUUUCUCUACACACAGUACACUUUCUCUCUUCUUUGGUUGUAUCGAUUUCGCAUCUGCCUAUCGCUAUCGAGGAACUUGGAGAAUGGAGAUGGAAACUAUUUGGUUCCGGUUUUCGUCGCGAUCUUCACACUGUUUUCUUCGAUUUUAUCUCUCAACAGAUCGAUGAAUUGAAAUCGCUUUGAUUUUUAUCUCAAGCAGAUUUGCGAUCUCUCCUUUUAUAGCUGACUUUACAUUCAGAUAUUUGAUAUUGCUAACUGAAGAAUGUGUCCGGGUCCAGAGCGAUCAAAAUCUACAUUGUCUUCAUCUCCAUCUACCAUAGAAAACAAACCCAACACAAAAGACAUGACUCAAUUAACCGUUGAGACUGAAAAUUCUUUUUCCAAUUUACUUGAGCUUGCAGCUAACAAUGACUCUGAAGGUUUCAAACAAUUGAUAGAGUGCGAUGAUUGUUCUGCGAUUGAUGAGGUUGGACUUUGGUACGUCCGAAAGAAGGGCUCAAAACAAGUAGUCCUUGAGCACAGAACACCUUUGAUGGUUGCUGCUGCCUAUGGUAGUGUUGAUGUUUUGAAGUUGAUGCUUGCUCAGCCCAAGGUUGAUGUAAAUCUUUCCUGUGGCCUAGACGGGAGCACUGCCCUCCACUGUGCUGCAUCUGGUGGAUCUGUCAAUUCUGUUGAUGUUGUGAAGCUGCUUUUAGCAGCCGGUGCGGAUCCGAAUUCUGUGGAUGCCAAUGGUCACCGUCCCAUUGACGUGAUUGUUGUCCCUCCGAAGAUCCCAGGCACAAAAGCAUGUCUUGAAGAACUUCUUAUGAACAAUGUUUCUGAUGAGGCUGUUGGCAAGUGCAAUCUACGGGUGUCAAUUGGCAGCUCCAACUCCAACUCACCAACACUAUCUUCUUCACCAGAAAACCAGUCCCCAUUUUCUCCUUCAGAUGUUCUAUCUUCUCCAAUGACUUCAAAGUUUAGUGAUGUUCCUACCAAUUCUAUGUCGGAGAAGAAAGAAUACCCGAUUGAUCCAUCACUGCCUGACAUCAAGAACAGCAUAUAUUCAACGGAUGAGUUCCGGAUGUUUUCAUUCAAGGUCCGGCCUUGUUCGAGGGCUUAUUCGCAUGAUUGGACCGAGUGCCCUUUUGUUCACCCAGGAGAAAAUGCUCGGAGAAGAGAUCCUCGGAAGUACCAUUACAGUUGUGUGCCUUGCCCUGAUUUUCGAAAGGGUGCUUGUAGGCGAGGGGAUAUGUGUGAAUAUGCUCAUGGAGUGUUUGAGUGCUGGCUCCACCCAGCUCAAUACCGGACUCGGCUCUGUAAGGAUGGGACAAGCUGUGCGAGACGGGUUUGCUUUUUUGCGCACACAGCUGAGGAGCUGAGGCCAUUGUAUGUUUCUACUGGUUCUGCUGUUCUUUCUCCUCGAUCAACCUCGGCUGCUAGUGCUGCGGACAUGGCUGCUGCCUUGAGCCUUCUUCCCGGUUCUCCCUCCUCAGCCGCCGCAUUCAAUCAGCCAAUGUCUCCAUUGGCAAAUGGCAAUUCACACUCAACUGCAGCUUGGCCACAGCCAAAUGUUCCAACCCUUCAUCUGCCAGGAAGCAACCUUCAGUCGAGUCGCCUGAGAUCUUCCCUUAGUGCCAGGGACAUUCCACCUGAGGAUUUCAGUAUGUUACUGGAUUUUGAAUCCCAUCAACAGCUUCUAAAUGACUUGACUCCAUUUUCGCAGUCUUGUCCUGGUUCUGCCUCUUUGAACCGUUCUUGUCGGUCCAAAACACUAACUCCUUCAAACCUUGAAGAGCUAUUUUCAGCCGAGAUGAACUCUUCUCCCCGAUAUUCUGAUCAGGCAGCAACUUGUUUUUCUCCAUCACACAAAUCAGCUCUUUUCAAUCAGUUCCAACAGCAGCAUAACUUGUUAUCUCCUAUCAAUACCAAAGUUUUCUCUACCAAAAAUGUUGAGCAUCCUUUUCUGCAGGCAUCUUUUGGUGUAUCAUCUCCCGGACGAAUGUCACCGAGAGGAAUGGAGCCCAUCUCCCCGAUGAGCUCUCGGCUCUCUCCAUUUGCUCAGCAGCGUGAGAAGCAGCAUCAGCAGCUGCGAAGUCUUAGUUCUCGGGAUCUUGGGUCCAACAAUACAGCCCCCAUGGUUGGAUCUCCUGUAAAUUCAUGGUCAAAUUGGGGAUCCUCAAACGGCAAUGUAGAUUGGUCUGUUAACGGAGAUGGACUGGGCGGACUGAAAAGAUCAUCAUCUUUUGAGGUUGGUAACAGCAACGGUGAGGAGCCUGACCUAUCAUGGGUCCAAUCCAUAGUCAAGGAAUCCCCACCAGAACUGAAUGGUAAGCACUCGGUCCCAAUUUCUGGUGUCGUGUCAUCUAACGAGGGCAUGAAAUCCAGUUCUCAAAUUGAAUCAAUUGAUCAUCAUUCGGUUUUAGGAGCUUGGCUUGAGCAGCAGAUGCAACUCGAUCAGCUCGUGGCAUAGUAAUAUUUGAUAUAAUUUUCACUCAUUAAGACAUAAAUGAAAGUUAGAAGUACAGAUAUUCUUUGGGGUUCAUUUGGAUGGUGAAGAAGUUAAAAAUCAAGAAGGCGGCAACGCAGUUGGGGGGGUUUUAGAAGGAAGAUUGAAAAUUUUUAGAACGAUUAUUCAAUCUUAAUCAUUUGUUGCUAUUUGUUACAGCAGAAGUCAGGAUAAUAUGAUGAAGCAAAAGCCUUAAUACAUCUGGAUUAUCAAAGAACCAAUCCGGUUUAGGCAUAGUUAUUUUCAGAAUUCUAGGAUUAAUUUUUUUACCUCAUGCAAUGAAACUGAGAGCUCUCUGUAUCUGUUGAUGUCUCGUGUUUCUUCAAUAUAUUUUUAUUUUGCUAAUUCAGUAACUGUUUUUGUCUGUAUGAUGAUGAUGUUUGUCAUUCGAGAAUGUUUGGUUGUAUUGGAGUAGUCGUCAAAAUGGAUUUGGGAGGCGGUAUUGUUGUUCCUUCAAUGAUGUAAAACUGAGUUGAAGUUAUUAUUUUAUUACCUUCAUUUUUUUCUU